GAGAAAAUAAAACUAAUCUUUUUAGAACCAAAAGAAAUAAGAAAACGCAUUUUGGGAUUUCUCUCAUUGUCAUCCCAAGUUCUUGGAAUAGCAAAAUACUUUUUCAUUAUUAGAUAUUAUCGUCUCAACUAAGAACAACCUCAUAAAAGACAGAGGUUAACCUUCGGAUAGAAGAUGGGAGCAUAUAGAGCAGAAGACGAUUACGAUUACCUCUUCAAGGUGGUCUUAACUGGAGAUUCCGGCGUCGGUAAAUCUAACUUGUUAUCUCGUUUCACCAGAAAUGAUUUCAGCCACGACUCACGUGCGACCAUCGGUGUUGAAUUCGCCACACGUAGCAUCCAAUGCGAUGAUAAGAUUGUCAAGGCUCAAAUCUGGGAUACUGCUGGCCAAGAAAGGUACCGAGCCAUCACGAGCGCAUACUACAGAGGAGCCGUUGGUGCAUUGCUUGUUUACGACGUGACACGUCAUGUGACAUUCGAGAACGUUGAGAGAUGGCUAAAGGAGCUAAGGGACCACACGGAUGCAAACAUUGUGAUCAUGCUCGUUGGUAACAAAGCUGAUCUUCGUCACCUUCGAGCCAUCUCAACAGAAGAAGCAAAGGCAUUUGCAGAGAGAGAGAAUACAUUUUUCAUGGAGACUUCCGCACUUGAAGCUGUGAAUGUUGAUAACGCUUUCACCGAAGUUCUCACUCAGAUUUACAGAGUCGUUAGCAAAAAGGCUCUUGAAGCUGGAGAUGAUCCAACCACUGCUUUGCCUAAAGGACAGAUGAUUAACGUCGGAAGCCGUGAUGAUAUCUCAGCCGUUAAAAAACCUGGUUGCUGCUCUGCAUAGACAAAGCUUACUUCUCUCUUCU